AUGAAUCCAUUUAGCAUAGCAUUUGGGAAAUUCAAACAAAUCCUCGAAAUACCACCUGUUUCCGAGUCGGAAGCCAGUCGAAUCCUCUUAUUUGUGUUCACUAAUAGUGUUGCUCUCUCGGUGUGGUAUAGCAACGUGUGGACACCCUUUAUCUUCACAAGCUUCGGGGAAAGUAAUCUUUUGGUAGGACUGAUGGCUGCGAUCAACGGAAUUUCCGAAAUGUCAAUGGCGAUACUGAGUGGAUUCCUCGCGGAUAAGGUGUGGGGACCGUCGCGGACCUUGCAGAUUGCCCAGCUAAUCGGUAUGUUUGCGUUCACUGUUUUUUUAAUUGGAGUCUGGUUGUCCAAUAUCUACCUGCUCGGAGUUGCCCAGUCCUUGGAGGGUGCUUACAUGGGCUUUAGCUUUACCAGUGUGGAGUCUGUCUUUGCGCAGUGUUUGCGUACGGGUGAGCGAGAUUGGCUUUAUAGCGUGAAGUUCAGUCUUGAGUCCUCGGGACCGAUUGUGGGGCUUUGCCUGACGAUCAUUCUUUUCAUUAUUUUCGGCAAUCAAUGGAAUUUAAGGGUUUUACAGUUGAUGAUGACUACUGGGUUAUGCUUGAAUGUUGUCUCCAUGCUAACCUUUUUGUGCACUUUUAAGCCGCUUCCUCAUCAUAUUGAUAAAAAGGUCACCCAUAAGAGGAUUAAUGUUGUUGUGUUUAGCGACAUGGCCAAUAAGGAUGCAAAGAAGGUGCUUGAGCAUGGGCAGGAGGGUGAUCAUCAGGUGAGCGACGAGGGCAUCUCGUCUAAAGAGGAGUAUGUUGGACAGAAAAACGAGCACGUCGCCGUGGAUUUGCGUGAAAUCUCCAUCAAGAGUGCACCGAAUCAAUCCUUUAUUAAUCCAUGCCCGGGCUUCAGUGAGGCUGACAAAAUCAAUAAAAGCUUCGCGGGCUCUCAUAGGGCUUUAGAUUCUGCUGUUGUCGGUCCUGAGGGGGUGGGAUAUGUGGAGUUGGAUAGCAAGUCAUUAUAUCCACCUAAUUCCUCUAGCGUGUUUGAGGGGAAGGCGGUUAACAAAGACGACAACCUGCCCAAUUCUACGCGCCUCUUGUUAACUCAGAACAAAAAUUGCGGACAUCUGGACCCCGAUCCCAACGCUAAUGGCGAAGCGCGUAAAGAUCCAUCUCAACCAGGCCCCGUACGAAAGCUAUGCUACAUCGACAUCGAGGCCGAGGAGGCGAAAGGGUGCCGUCGGAAGAUUCUCCGGUGGAUUCCACUUUCAUAUUAUCCUUACGUAUUGAUAGUUUUCGACGUUAUCAUUGUGUUUGGUAGCGGGAUGACGGUGCAGUACUUUACUCUGUUCAUGAUGAAAAUCUACGAUGUCAGCCCCCUCGAGAUGGCGACGUUGAGCCUCUUCAGCGCAAUGACGAUUAUGGGGUUGGCGAUGCUGUGUGGGAUAAUUGCGAAGCGGUACGGCCGCGUGCGGACGAUUUUACCCCCGAAGUUCAUCGCGACAAUGAUUUUAUUGUGGAUGGUGCUCGCCCGUGGGAGGAAAGGGGGGGUGAAGGUGUGGAUGUGCGUCGCGUACAUCCUUCGCGGGGCCUUGAUGAACUGCUCGGCGGGGCUCUCGCGGGCGAUAGUGAUGGACAUCAUCCCAGAUCAUUACCACGGCCGGUGGAACGCGAUCGAGUCGAUCCAAAGCGCAGGGUGGUCGGGCACCGCCUUUCUCGGGGGAUUUCUCGCGGACCGCUGGGACUACGGCGGGGCUUUUAUUGUCACCUUUUGCUUUCAUUUCGUGAGCUGCAUGCUGCUGCUGCCGCUGACGCUGCGGAACGAUACGCGGAUGCUGGUGGCUCGCGAGGUCGACGAUGCGGCGAGAAAUUCAAGCCCAAACUCUACGGAGAUCGCCGCGGAACGACAAGAUGGCGACCACCACGGCGAAAAAAGCAUCGCCGCAGCAGACAAGCCACCCAUCGCGACAAACAACAUUUCCUCAAAUGACUCCGAGUUCUCGGGCCGUAGUUUAGGCUAA